CCACCUCUGUUUUUUCCCACCCAACAGGGCCAAUUCUUUAUUUAAGUUUUCCUCUUUUUCUUUUCUGCACCAAUCAUGGAUGGUGGGCAAUGUGACUUCUGACUCUCUCAGUCUUCAGUUGACCCCUUGGUUGAUUGUACACUUCGUUUGAUGCUCCUGCAUAAGAGGGCGAAUAAGGAUUUAUGAUUUUCAGCAUACUAUAAACGAAGAUGAAUUUGUAUAGUGUAUUGGAACCCACUCUCCAACAAGUAAUUAAUAUGAUCAGUCCGUUGCCGGAGGAUUGGAAUGCACGAUUGACAAUCAUUUUUGAAUUAAAACAGGUUGUUGAAUCUGUGGAAAGUUUGAGAGGUGCAACUGUGGAGCCAUUUGGAUCAUUUCUGUCAAAUCUCUUCACACGUAGGGGAGACCUGGAUAUUUCUAUUGACUUGCCUUAUGGUUCACAUAUUUCAUCUGCGGGAAAGAAGCGGAAACAAAAUUUGCUUCGGGAUUUACAGAGAGCUUUGAUACAAAGAGAUGAAUUUCGCAGGUUGCAAUUAAUCCCCAACGCAAGAGUUCCCAUUUUGAAACUUGAGAGCCACCACCGGAACAUCUCUUGUGAUAUUUCAAUAGAUAACAUGGCUGGUCAAAUGAAGUCUAAAUUCUUUUGUUGGAUCAAUGAGAUAGAUGGACGCUUCCGUGACAUGGUUUUAUUGGUCAAGGAAUGGGCCAAAGUUUAUAAUAUCAAUAAUCCUAAAAGCGGGACAUUGAACUCAUACUCUCUCUGCUUGCUUGUGGUCUUCCAUUUCCAGACAUGUGUACCUGCAAUUUUUCCUCCGCUAAGAGAUAUAUAUUCACACAAUCUUGUUGAUGAACUUCAAGGUGUGCGGGCCACUGUAGAGAGAAAUAUUUGGGAGACGUGUGCUACAAACAUUGCCAGGUUUGGAUCUGACAAAUCAAGAAAAAUUAAUCGGAGUUCUUUGUCCGAGCUUUUCCACUCUUUCAUUGCAAAGUUUUGUGAUAUAAGUAUAAAGGCCUCAAAGCUUGGAAUUUGCCCUUUUACCGGAAAAUGGGAACUAAUAGAAAAUAAUACAAGAUGGUUGCCCAACAAUCACGCUUUAUUUAUUGAGGAUCCUUUCGAGAGGCCUGCAAACUGUGCACGUGCUGUUAGUGCCAAGCAAUUGCCGAGGAUAUCCCAAGCCUUUGAGACAACCCACUUGAAGCUUAACUCUGCUACUUAUAAUCAGAAUUCGCUGCUCGCCAUACUAACCAGGCCGCAAACAUCACAAAUCAUUCCAAGAGGCAAUUACCCGAGCAAGAAUGCUGGAUAUCCAAGAUCUCAAAAGCAAGUUCACAGGUCUGUGCACUCACCAUCAACAGUGCAACAUCAAACCCAGAACAAGAGGCUGGAAAAACAUCCCAGCAGACCGGUGGUGCAACAAUUUCCUACUCAACCAGUGCAACGAAAUGUUACAGAGUUACAUGGUCAACCUGUGCAAAGAUAUCCACAUGUUCAACAUUAUCGAGGCCAAACUGUGCAACAAUUUCCUACUCAACCAGUGCAACGAAAUGUCACAGAGUUACAUGGUCAACCUGUGCAAAGAUAUCCACAUGUUCAACAUUAUCGAGGCCAAACUGUGCAACAAUAUCAAGCCCAACCCGUGCGGCAGUAUCAGAGUCAAGCACAGCAGAAGUGGAGGCCAAAACCUCCUGGUAAAUAGAAAGGCAUGCCGGAGAUUGUGCCUAGUUAAUUUUGAUUUAAAGGGGAAUGUACGUGCAAAAACUUUUAAAUGACAAUUGCAGUAUAUGUGUUCUCGAGCCCUUUGGGGUGGCUUAGUGAGAGUCGUCUAGAAUCUUGAUUGAUCUUGAAUGCAGUAAAUUAAGGGGAAGUUAAGUUUAGUAUCA